UUUCUCUCUUAUUCAUCUCACCUGUUUCGUUCUUCACCCUUUCAUUUCGUUCAUUCCUGAGAAGAUUUUGGAAGCUCUGAAAAAAACUAAGCAGGCGGAGCUUUUGACAAGUGAUUAUGUUUGGGGAAGGGUCAAAAACUGGUGAUUUAGAAUCUUGCUUUCAGAAGCUUGUAGUGUUUGGUGGUAGAGAAGGCAAAAUGAGUGGAGGAGGAGUGUUGACUGAGUGGAAGGACCUUCCCAUGGAGCUUUUGUUGCGAAUUGUUUCGCUUGUUGAUGAUCGGACUGUGAUCAUAGCUUCUGGGGUCUGUACUGGCUGGAGAGAUGCUAUUUGCUUAGGGCUCUCUCAACUCUGCCUGUCAUGGUGCAAUAACAAUAUGAACAACCUUCUGUUGUCACUUGCCCCCAAGUUCACCAAACUGCAAACUCUAACUUUACGCCAGAAUAAACCACAGCUCCAGGAUAACGUGGUUGAGAGCAUUGCAAACUUCUGCCAUGAUCUACAAGACUUGGAUCUCAGCAAAAGCUUCAAGCUCACUGAUCGUUCCUUAUAUGCAUUAGCUCUUGGAUGUCCUAACAUUACAAAGCUCAACAUCAGUGGUUGUUCAGCCUUGAGUGAUGCUGCCCUUGCAUAUCUUACUGGCUUCUGCAGAAACUUAAAAUUCUUAAAUCUUUGUGGAUGCGUAAGAGCUGCAUCUGACAGAGCUCUGGAGGCCAUCGCUUGUAAUUGCAAUCAGUUGCAGUCUCUGAAUCUGGGUUGGUGUGAGGGUGUAACUGAUAUAGGAGUGAUGAGCCUGGCACUUGGAUGCCCGGAUAUGAGGGCCCUGGACUUGUGUGGUUGUAUCCUCAUAACAGAUGAGAGUGUAAUAGCAUUGGCAGAUAGGUGCCACCAUCUGAGAUCUCUUUGCCUGUACUACUGCCAGUAUAUUACAGACAGAGCCAUGUAUUCUCUGGCCAACAGUCGGGUGAAGAGCAAGCACGAGCUGUGGGAAUCUGUGGAAAAUGGGUACAACGAGGAUGAAGGGCUCAUUAACCUCAAUAUCAGCCAGUGCACGGCUCUGACUCCUUCAGCUGUUCAGGCUGUGUGCGACUCAUUCCCUGCACUUCACACAUGCCCCGGAAGGCAUUCCCUCAUAAAGAGCGGUUGUCUCAACCUAGCAUCUGUGCACUGUGCCUGUUCUAUUCAAGCCCAUCGUGCGGUGAGCCUCCCUCAUCCUGCACAUUGAUUGAACCAAGCAAUCUCAAGACUGUACAUAUGGUUCACAAUGAGGCGUGCUUGAUGUUUUGGCCAGGAAUAGUUGUUUUUUCAUUCAAAGCAAUUGUUGGACUGUGGAAUUAUGUUUAUAACUUCUGCAUUAACAAACUUUAUUUGAACAUCACACUACCCUCUUGCCUU